AUGGCUAGAAAACCAUGUCGUCAUCGGUCGUCUGGUAAAUUCAAUUAUGUAAAUCGGUGGAUAAAAUAUUUAUUAUGUGUUGCCAACUUUUACUUUAUGAUGGCUGGGUGUUUACUUUUCGUACUCGGUGUAAUAGCAUUCGCUGAGUCAGGCAUUGUAAAUAGGAAAUCCAGUGUCAGUCUCUUGCAGUGGAUCUUUAACCUGACAGUGCUUGUAUUUGGCGUUGGUCUCAUCACGACGUGUGUUGCAUUUACCGGGUUUAUCGGUUCUUUGCGGGAAAACCAAUGCCUCCUUAAAUUCUAUUACAUUUCACUAGCACUGUUGUUUGUUUGUGAAACGGUUAUUGGAGUAUUUUUCUUUGUUUACCGCGAGUCGGCUAUUAGUCGUAUUGAAGAAGUGGUAAAGAAAACGUUCAUUUCUCAAUAUCGUGAGAUAGGAUUCGAGGAUUCGACUAAUUUCGUGGACUUCAUUCAGAUUGAGCUUCAAUGUUGUGGGGCAAAAAGCUACAAUGAUUGGACUGAAAAUCGGUACUUCUCAUGCAAUUCCACAAAUAUUAGCUCCAAGGCUUGUGGUGUGCCUUAUUCUUGUUGCAAACGAAUGAACAACAUUAACGUGAGUGCUCGUAAGCAUUGUAGCAACACUAAUUUUUUAGUUUGGCACUUAUUUAGAUUGCGAGAAAGGUGUCGCUUUUUCUCUCAUAUCUUAUUUGUCAGUUGUGGCUGUGAUACUCGUUGA